GAGAGAGAGAGUGAACGGGGUUUCCCGAGUCGGACUGCAGGGUCACCGCGCCCAUCUCUGUUCUCUGAUGGCCGGAUGAGCAGUCUAACUGGAGAAAAGUGUUCCUUGAAGGAAAAGCAACGGGAAGUGGCGGCCGUCGGACUCUGACCAAAUUUGUCCCACGGACUUAAAUGACAAAAAUAUCGACGCCGCAGCUGAGAUAUCUGCUUGACCGGUUUCCCCCUCUUCUUCUCCUCAGGCGGCGUUUAAUCCUCGCCUUCUGCAUCGAGUUAUUUGAAAGCUGAGCUCAUUAGUGCAGCGCCGCUCCUCUCUCUGAGGCUAGUUAGCUUAGCGAGCUAGCGCGUUCUUGUUCGUUGAUGCGUGGAUUUGACAGAAACACGGUGCUUUCUUUCGGUCAAUGCCAUAUAAAGCAAGGCCAACUCCGACUGAAUACAGAUCAGUGUGUGUCCCGGCAGUAGGAGCGAGGAAGAGCUUUAGAAGAAGAAAAUGAGUGAACUGGAUCAGUUACGCCAGGAGGCCGAGCAGCUGAAAAACCAGAUCAGAGAUGCAAGGAAAGCCUGCGCAGAUGCCACACUAUCACAGAUAACAGCCAACAUUGACCCUGUGGGGAGAAUCCAGAUGCGCACGAGGCGGACACUGAGGGGACAUCUGGCUAAGAUCUAUGCUAUGCACUGGGGCUCUGACUCCAGGCUGCUGGUCAGUGCAUCCCAGGAUGGUAAACUCAUUAUUUGGGACAGUUAUACUACAAACAAGGUCCAUGCUAUCCCACUGCGCUCAUCCUGGGUGAUGACAUGUGCUUACGCUCCCUCAGGAAACUACGUGGCCUGCGGAGGCCUGGAUAACAUUUGCUCCAUCUACAGCCUGAAGACUCGUGAAGGCAAUGUGCGCGUCAGCCGUGAGCUGGCUGGACACACAGGUUACCUGUCCUGCUGCCGCUUCCUUGAUGACAACCAGAUUGUCACAAGUUCUGGUGACACCACCUGUGCUCUUUGGGAUAUAGAGACUGGUCAGCAGACAACCACUUUCGCAGGUCACACUGGAGAUGUGAUGAGCCUGUCCCUGGCUCCAGAUUCAAGAACCUUUGUGUCUGGAGCUUGCGAUGCCUCGGCUAAGCUGUGGGACGUGCGUGAGGGCAUGUGCAGACAGACCUUUACCGGCCACGAGUCUGACAUUAAUGCCAUUUGUUUCUUCCCUAAUGGUAACGCAUUUGCCACCGGCUCAGAUGAUGCCACUUGCCGGCUAUUUGACCUGCGUGCAGAUCAGGAGCUGAUGGUUUACUCACAUGACAACAUCAUUUGUGGCAUCACCUCAGUGGCUUUCUCCAAGAGCGGCCGCCUGCUGCUCGCUGGCUAUGAUGACUUCAACUGUAAUGUUUGGGACAGCCUGAAGGCCGACCGUGCAGGUGUGUUGGCUGGCCAUGACAACCGUGUGAGCUGUCUGGGUGUGACUGAUGAUGGAAUGGCUGUGGCUACAGGGUCCUGGGACAGCUUCCUCAAGAUCUGGAACUGAUCUCAGAAGGUGCUUUCAACACGUCCAACACAAUGUCAUUUGAACUCCAAAGUUGACUGGAAGACCAUUCCAACUUUAGAAUGUUAAAUUUCACAGCAUCAACAAAACUGACUCAGACACCACCACGAAAAGAAAAAAAAAAUUUCUAAGGAAAAACAAUGCCUUUCCUCCACAAAGAAGAGCACAAUUUGUUCUAUCACCCACCUUAAAAAAAAAAAAGAAUUCCUGUGGUAUCAAAAUAACUUUGUGCAUUCCCUUUUAGACCGUUCUGUGUCACCCUGACAAACACUAUCAUCCCAUGCUUAUGUGUCUAGAAAGCAAUUGUUGGAGUGUAAUUGUACAAAUUAUUUAACUUCUUUUUAGACUUUUAUCAGGCUCUCUUGAUCUUUUUUUUUCCUUCAUAACAUUUCUUUAGAUUUGUUCCAGUCUUAAAAAAACAACAACCCACAAACCCUUUUAAUCCUGUAAAAUUGUGGGUGAAUGUUAGACAAAAUAAGAUGUGUAGAAGGCUGAGAUUAGACUUGGAAGGAAUGGUGGCCUUUUUGUUUUCAGAAGAUUUUAAUUAUUAUUAUUAUUAUUAUUAUUAUUAUAUAUGGUGCACUAGAUUGCCCUAGAGAGUGAGUGAGCAUGUGUAAGUAGUCUUCAUGAGUGUGACUUUAGAUGCUGUAAGAGGAAAAAAUGUACUCACUUGUCAAGUCAUGAUUCAUAGUUUUGGGCAACAAAGUGGUAGACCCAAGCAGCUUUCAACUCUUAACUGUUCAUCUUGUACAAAGGUUGCUGUGCUGUCAGCAAUCCCUGGGUAAUAAGAACAGCCUUAGUUUUCUAAAAAUGUAAUAAUCUGUGCAUUAGUUAACUUUGAUGUGAAUAACGGUCCUUUGUCCUUGAAGAGAAAAGAAAACGCCAUAAAUAUGCCAUAUCUUAAGUCUUUAACCAUUUCCGAGUCUGAGGUACUCGCGUCAUUUAUCUCAAAAUGGCUGCUUGUAAAUACGAGUAUCUGACUUGCACGCGAAUGCAGCAUUAUAUCCUAGCUACUUUUUCUUUCCAGUCUUGUCAGCUUUGUUUGCACAAUAAGAAACUUGACUAAUGUUUUAUGCGUUAACUAACCAAGCACAUGCCAUUAAUCACAUCAAGAGUGAAUUUUAACAAGGAAAAUAAAAUUUACUACCCAGUCCUCUCUUUCAUAGGGGUUCAUUGUUUGAACUAACCUCAAAGCUUCUCUUCUGGUUUUACUUUUUGUAUUGGAGUUACUUUGUGCGUUUGUGACUCUUCAGUCCAGGGAUGGUCUAUUAUUGGUGGGGCUAAAUAGAUCGUGGGGUAGAAGGCUUUUUUUUUUUUUUUUUUUUUAAAAAGUCCAGUUUCUAAAAACAGAUCCCUGUUUGUGCUUGAAAAUACAGGUAAUAAUCUGUGAAAUGUUGUACAAAUCAAUGUCUGAAAAUAAUUCUGAAAACUUUAACCUUUUUAGUUCUUCUGCCAUGAAUUAACAUAGUCGCAUGCUGUAGAAAUGCUUAAGCAGGUGCUUGUUUCUUUCUUUUUUUUUUUUUGGAUCUACUGAUCUCUGCUACGAUGGUGAAAAUGUGGUAAGACCUUGUAACAGCUGAAGCUUAAUUCCAGUCAUCCCCCCCCCCCAAAAAAAAAUCUACACCCACACCAUGUACAUGUUUACUUUUACUGGCAAAGCUAUGCACCCCAAGUGUAAAAUUGAAUGAGAUCUACACAUUUCCUGUAGAGUUUCUGUGCUCCAGCAAUUAUUCUUCAAAGGUUACCAAGAUGGUUCUCAGCAAUUUAGUCUCAUUUUUUUGCUCAAUUUCAAAUUAACGGAGGAAUGGGUCCAAAGAAACUCUGUUCUGGCUUCCUAUGUCUAAAAAUUAGCAUCUGAAAUGGCAGAUUUCCCCCCCCCCCAGCACCUUCCUCCUUUGUAAACAGAUGCACUUUCUUUGAUAGUUGUGACUUUUUUUUUUUCCCCCCUGUCUUUGGUAAUGUACAAUAAUUGUGAUGUAUUUGUGUGCUGCCACCAGUAAAGAUUAAUUGCAGUUCAAUUAAAAUGGAUUCCCAACCUUAUUUUCUCAUCAUUAAUUAACUGUCAUAAUACAUCUUUAACUGUAGAGCUCUGCACUCCUCGCCUUUUGUAUUUAAUUUCAGUCUGUUGGUGUACCACAGAAAGCUGGAUGCAAGAUAGAUACUAUAUUAAAAAUGUACUGUUAUUUAAGAUGUAAUAAAAAGUUUGAGAUGUC